AAUCAGUAGGCAUUGCCCGAUAAUAUUCUCCGGACGACCCGAUUGGUACAGUAGGAGUACUCGUACAUAUCCCUUCUUGCCACCUCCCUCACCAUUGCCUCUGCUCCAUUGUAUUUUACCCACUCUUGCUAAAGCUGCCAGAAUCAACAUACCCCCCCAUCACAACCGCUUCCCCCGCGUCUACCACCGACCAGAGGACAGGAGAAGGAUUCUCUCCCCGUGCAUGGAGUUUGGGCCAAGAAAUUGAUUCAUACGAGUAUUUAUUACGCUUACUCAUCAUGGCACCGUCACCGCCGCAAGCAUGGAAAACCGCUCUCUCUUUUAGGGAGAGGGUUGCCAUCGUCGAGCAUAUGUUUGUUCUCCUUUUCCCCCACCUCACCCCACCAACCAGCCAGCCAGCCAAAGUAACAUCGCUUCACAAUCAUGCGCGGUUCCGCCCCAAAUCAUUUUUCCUAGGAGGGAGAGUUUUUUGGCUCACAUGGCCAUCGUAGAGCCUCGUUGCUGGAGUUGUCCGAUCCGAACCUCGAGCACUCUAGUGCUCUGUCCUCAGCCCGAGCCAUCGAAGUCGAGUCCCACGAGGGGUCUUUCUCACAGGUAAUUCCGCCCCUAUCCCCGUUUAACGAGCUUGUUUCGUGUCGGUAUCUGUUUGAUGUGUUAUCAAUUACCCACGAUCGUUGGGCCGCAACCAACUGCACAGAUUCUCACUCGUGAAAACUAUAGGAGGAAUACACCCGCACUUGGGAGGCUAAGCUGCAAGAGCUCAAGGCAAAGUGUGUGGAGAGGCGGCUGGAGGCUCGGAAACCCCCUGCGGUUCCCGGAUCCGAUGACAUUUCCAAUGAUGCUGCUUCCCAGGACAUCCCGCACGCCACGGAUCGGGGAAUCACGAUUGGCCGCUUCACCGGCUGCAGACACCACAACUCGGGGAUAUUCUCGGACGUCUAUAAGGCUCUACUGAAGCCCAUGACUCUCGUGUCACCCGCCCAAUUCGUCGCCCUGAAAGUCACUACCCCUUCCAGAAUGGCCCCGCCACACGACUCCCACCGUGAGGCUAGAAUUCUUCAAAGAUCUGGGCACAAAUGCGUCGUCAAGCUCCUUGAGAAAUUCACGUUGUCGACGUCUCAGUUUGUCAUGGUGUUUCCUUUCUAUAACCAUAGCCUCGACACACUCCUUAAGUCGAAUGCCAAAUCUACCGGUGAACAGAUGACCGGUAUCCUUCAAGACGUUCUUUGCGCUCUUGAGCAUAUCCACUCAUUGGGGAUAAUCCAUCGCGAUGUCAAACCUUCCAAUAUACUCCUCAUGGACGCAGAUGGCCCUGCUGUCCUUGCGGAUUUCGGUAUCGCCUGGUCACCCAAUGAUCCCGAAUCCGAGCCCGCCGAGCGCAAGAUUACGGAUGUGGGGACUACCUGCUAUCGACCUCCUGAGAUUCUCUUCGGUCACACAGCUUAUAACACAUCACUAGAUAUGUGGGCAUUCGGAUGCGUCGUGGCAGAGUGCUAUACGGAUGGCCACGAGUCGCUAUUCGACGCUGGCGACUUGGGCAGCGAGUUGCAGCUUAUCGGAUCCAUCUUCAGGAAACUUGGGACCCCUACUCUGGAAACCUGGCCCGUCAGUAUCUCUACCCCUUUAGGAAGCGCCUACUAACCUUAGCUCAUGUUGUAGGAAUCAUCGAACUUCUCCGACUUUGGCAAGAUAUGCUUCAACAACUUUCCAGCCCAGAAAUGGGAGGACAUCUUGCCGAGAGCGCCAAGGGCUAUCACCGAGCUUCUAUCCGAAUUGGUAGUUUUUGAGAGUGGGGAUAGGCUUUCUGCCGCCGAGGUACGGCCCCCCACAUAUGGUGCUACAGUAUAUAUAUGCUGAUCCGCCGAAAAUAGGCGUUGGCUGCCGAUUUGUUCGAAUGAGGGGCCAAAUCCGACAAGCACCCAUGAUGUGUCUAGUGGGUUCCGUGGUAGAGCUUCACACAGGGCCACUUAGGAAUAACCAGGUCUAUCGAUAGCUCAUGUCUCCCUCUCUUAGUUUAACGGUACUUGUUUGUAUGUAGUCUCAAACAUCGUGCCACAAG